UUCACUUGUGCGUCCUGACGAUCGAUUGCUUUGGGCUGCCGCUCUCGCGUCACCAGGAAGCAGCGGUAGCCCUUUCUGUUUGUAGCUCGCGCCUUCGCUUUAACGUUAACCGUGGCCGGUAGAUGCGCACUUGCACGGGGAUGAGCGACGCACGCAACGGAGAGGCGUCUGCGGCCAUUACGGUGCACAAUUUCUCGGAGAGGAUUUUGGAGCAGGUGAUACACUUCCACGUGAUGAAGCUCAGCGGCGGGUUCUUCCUCUGGGUCGGUUCCAGUCCGGUUCUGUCCAACCUCGCGGUGUCGAUGGGCAGCAGAUACGAUUCGAUGCCAUUAUCUACAUUAGUCAUGGGGGACCCAUCCAAUACCGCUGCUAAUUCUAUGGCACAGAGAUUAGCAAAGAAGACCAAAAAGCAAGUGUUUGUGAGUUACAGUCUUCCGAGGACGGACUCCAACCUCAGUCUUUCGGUGGAGCAGAGGAUCAAGAAGGAGGUGGAGCUUCACCCUGAACACUUUUGAUCACAUUCGAUUAUUUACUCCUGUUUUGUGUAGAGCUGAGGAUAAGAUGGGAAGAGGGGUAGAAGUAGCGUUUCUUCCAUUUGGAACUCCUGCAGACACUGUCGUGGUACAACAAGAAUCACCACAAACUGUCACAUCAAGUGUUCUUUUAUUGACACAAUAAAUUAAGUGGUUUAUUAUCAAAACAUGUAGGCCUAUGGCUUUUUGUACAAAUGCGUCAUAUUAAAAAAAUACCAUUAAGAAAACCGCAUUAGUGGUUGAGUUUUUUUUCACUGUUGAAAACAUACAAACUAGUAAACGGUACAGGGUGUUCAAAAUACGUGCUGUGUACUACACAUGAAUAUUGUCUAUAUGAAUGAAAAUUGGUUUAUCCAUUCAAAGAUCUUGUAUCCUAUAAAAGUAAAGUUGAUGGUCCCUACAUUAUGAAUGGUACAUGUAUCCAUACAUUACAUUUGUAUGCAGUCCUAAAGGAUACUUAUCUAGUAAAGUGUAUUAUUGUACACCGAUCACAUCUAGGCCAGGUCUGUGCAGGCUGCGCUGCUCUAUUCUAAUCUUCACAAACGCUUAUUUAAAAAAACUGUAAAAUAUUGUGCUUUCUGGCUAUAGUUACACAUCCUCGGAGCAGGAUCACAACAUUACCACAGUACAGAGAACAAGGAGUGGGAAUAUCUGCUAAUUAGAAGGUAUUUCAAGCAACAAAACUGCCCUUGGGAGCAGGAGAAAAUAAAUACUGGUUACCUUGAAUUGAAAUCCUCUGUUCCUUUAAAAAUUUUAAAAAAAAAGAGUAACAGAGCCAUCAUGAUAAAGCCAUUGAAAUGCUGAGAAGCGUCAUAAGACAUACGGUUGCACACUCGACUGGUAAACUCUCAUGUCCGUUCAACUCUCAGGUUUUAUUCAGCGCCACUCGCCCGUCUCUACGAGCUGCACGUGGAAUCUGCCAAAGGUCUCCGGCUGUUGGUCCCAUCCGACAACCAUCAUACACCAAUAUAGCGGUAAUGCUUUCUUGUGUCUACACUGACCUCGUCUGUGAGGAGAAAGUGCGACAACAGACUUCUAGCAGAGGAACAACAAAUACCAAAUAAAAAAAAGGAAACAUGUCAAACCAUUUGUGCCCUUUCAUGCAAAAGAGAGUGUUAGUGGUUUAGCCAAAUCCCUGGUGCUCCAACAAGUCGGCUGAACAUCACAAACACUUGAUUGUGUCUCUGACAUUUAGUGCAAAAUAACUUCUAAAGAAUUACAAGAUGCAGUGAAAUUUUCUCCCUCAAACGAGUCAAAACCCGCAAACGGAAACGUCCCCCGAGCGGACGUUACUCUGAGGGUCCGCUCCGCUUUGCCCGCUUCUUCUACCUGUCGAUCCUUCUCGGACGGCAGUGCAACAAACUCCCCAAACAACACUUUCAAAUUAUUUAACGCACACUGACUUCAGAUGGACUUGCUCAAGAACAAUAUUUUUUCUUUUGGCAACUCCUGAAUGAAUCAUAGUCACAACAACGUGGCGCCCCCGGUGGUCGUGAGGUGCAACGGCGUGUCGUGGACGCGGGCGUAGUCCCCGUCGGUCUUGGCCAGUAGGAGGUGCUGUUCCCCCGGAUGCAGCAGCGUCUGUCGGGUGAAGCUCUCUCCGUCGGCCAGGCUCUCGGGUAAAGGCUGGCCCCGCGGCUCGGGCAGCAGCAGCAGGCAGAUGAUGCACAGCAGGGUGCAGCAGGCGAAGAUCACGUGGUGCAGGAAGUAGCCCUUCUGGUUGUGGAGAACCCUUUUUUUUGUGUCUGAAAUCUAGAUUACACCUGAUGCCAGAGGGUAGACACAAUAUCCACCUGAGGUACGCUGAUGAAUUCAACCAACUGGUGGAAAACUUUCUGGAACACACUUCAGAAAAUCCAAAAUAAUGCCUGAUUCUUUUGUGCACAAGGAUCAGAGAGAAUACAAUUAAUUGCGUUCAGACGCUUAGUUUAAAAAUGUCUAAACUUUACUCAAUUGUUAUAUACCCCUUUAAGAGAGAGAGAAGUUAUUUGUCAAGUAAAUUACUUGCUGCUCUCAUCAUGCAUCUUGAUAUUUGUUGUAAUUGUGGCUAAUAAAACCUUGAAAAACAAAGAUUAAUUCAAGGCUUAACUAUA